AUCGCCGAGUUAGCUUGGUCAGACUAUGUCACUUUAAAUGAUUUUGGUUCAAAGUUGUAUAUCCCUAAAUGAAUAUUUUUUUAUCUGUAAAAUAAGUGUUGCGCAUGUGUUGCUGUUGUGCUUAUCUGCAUUGAGCGUUUGAAGUUGUGCAUGUUUUUGGUGUUUUCAUUCGUUCAGUGUACAAGUGUAUCUCUAUACUCAUACUUAUAGUAUAUCUGACUAUAUGUAUUCAUAAUAUUCAUUCAUUCACUUCACCGGAGAGGCGACCCGUCUAUCAAGGGAAUUCUUUCACAUUGAUUUUACAAGUUGUUUUUUUAUAAAUGUAUUUUUGUUAGUCAAUGUGUUGAAGCAGCGGAAUUCCACUUAUUCGCAAACAAUUGAGACAGUUAAUGUGUAAUAAACUAAUAUGCCAUGUACCUAUUAGACAUCAAUGGCCGUAUUGCUGUUUUGUCGUGCUUCAAUAAUAUGUGUUUUGUCGUGUCUGGACAUUAGAUUGUAAUGUUUCAAUUGAAUAAUGUGAUCAUGCAUAACUAUAUUUGCCGAAAGUGGUUCCUGCUGCUGUUAUUCGUGGUUUAUCGAAAGCUGGACCCUGUUGAAGGUUUAAAAUGUUACUGCGACACAACGGGCCCCAGCUGCCAGAACGAGACUUGCGAGACCGACGGCUUCUGCUUCGCGUCCACCACGCUCAAGGACGGCGUCGAAAAAUACGAAUACCGCUGUAUGGACCGUAAAGCACUGAUACCGCCGGAGCACCCCUUCGGUUGCUCCACGACGAAGGCUAAAAAUGAGUCCGUGGUGAUACAGUGUUGUGACAGUCGUGACAUGUGCAAUCGCGAUAUGCGUCCGCAGCUGCAGCCGAAGCCGCCAGACACAACGCCGACCGCGGCGGCAUGGCAAGUGGUGCCCUGGAUUAUUGGCCUAAUGGUACUAGGCAUUUGCGCCGCCAUAAGCUUCUGGUGGGCCAAGAGGUCCCGAAAGAUGCUCAAGAGAGGCCUGGGCUCCAGGCCGCUGUUCCCCGCCGAGGACUCGCUGUGUGAGCCGAGACAUCCGAUACUGGGGGGAACGGCUACUAUCAGGGAUAUGAUUGAGUUGACAACCUCUGGCUCUGGAUCAGGUUUGCCACUACUGGUCCAACGUUCCAUCGCCCGCCAGAUCCAACUGGUAGACAUCAUCGGCAAGGGCCGCUUCGGCGAGGUGUGGCGCGGCCGGUGGCGGGGUGAGAACGUGGCCGUGAAGAUAUUCUCGUCGCGCGAGGAAUGCUCCUGGUUCCGCGAGGCCGAGAUAUACCAGACUGUCAUGUUGCGCCAUGAGAACAUACUCGGGUUCAUCGCAGCUGAUAAUAAAGACAACGGCACAUGGACACAGCUAUGGCUGAUCACCGACUACCACGAGAACGGGUCGCUGUUCGACUUCCUCACCGCGCGUACCAUCGACUCGGCUACGCUCGUCAAGAUGGCGCUCAGCGUCGCCACUGGCCUGGCGCAUCUGCACAUGGACAUCGUCGGCACUAAAGGCAAGCCAGCGAUCGCCCACCGUGAUCUCAAAUCGAAGAACAUUCUAGUGAAGAGCAACCUCACCUGCGUGAUCGGUGACCUCGGGUUGGCGGUGCGGCACAACGUGUCCAGCGAUUCUGUGGACGUGCCGUCGACUAAUCGCGUCGGCACCAAGCGAUACAUGGCGCCGGAGGUGCUAGACGAGACGAUGGACACGCGCCAAUUCGAUCCGUACAAACGCUCGGACGUGUACUCAUUCGGAUUGGUUGUAUGGGAGAUGGCGCGACGCUGCGGCGCGCUGCCUGACGAAUACCAGCCGCCGUACCACGAUUGUGUACCGCCCGAUCCGACUCUUGAGGACAUGAGAAGGGUCGUGUGCCUGGAGCGCCGGCGGCCGAGCGUGCCCAACCGGUGGCAUUCGGACCCGGUCCUCUCCUCAAUCUCGAAGGUGAUGAAGGAGUGCUGGUACCAGAACCCGGCCGCGCGACUCACGGCGCUGCGCAUCAAGAAGACCCUCGCCAACAUCGGCGCGGGCGACCUAGGCAAGAUAUAGACUGAACUAAUGCCGAUUGGACGGCCCAAGGUCAGGUCUGUUACGCUAUAACCACCAUGUUUUCCAUCAAGCUUCGUUUUCACGCAAAAAUAUUGCUUAGCCGGUUGUCAAUAUGGACGAUUUCUAAGUGCAUUUGAUUGACAAUCGAGGUAACUUUUUGCGGAGGAUGACUUACGCUAGUUACAGAAGGUGGAGCAAGAAACGCACUAUAGGUUACUACACCAAAUCUGGUGUGCAUGAACUAAGCAAUGGAUCUACUUGUGAAAGACAUGCUUUCGCACAUUUUACUUGACAGAUGUUGUUUUGUUUAUUUCAUUCACGCCAGCUUUGAUCCGUACGCAAAGCUUACUUAUGAAACAAUAAAGUAAAAACUAUAAGGGUUUGUAUUACUGAGCGUUUUCAAUAACUGAAAUAUCCUAGGUUAAGAUGGUAUUCCGUCUGUCCAAUAUCUUGGUCCAAUGUGCAUUGCAUCUCACUCUUUCAUUAAACAAAAUGUAAGACGAAAAUACACGUUGGACCUAUUGGACAGAUGGAAUAUCGCCCUUACACCUCAUGUAACUUACGCGGUGGUUAAAAGACGCCAAUUGUAUAAAGAUAGUAGUAUAUUAGCAGCGCUGUGCGAAUUUAAAAAGUGUCAUGAACUAGGGAACUUGUGUUCGUGUUGCUUUUUUAAUAUGUACGACUGAAUAGUAGAAACGAGUCAUUGUAAUAGUAAGGAAAAGGAACGCUUGGCGUAUUGCGUUGGGGUUCUCGUUAUUAAAUAUAGUGCAAUGGAGUUCUAGGUACAAAAUUUCAAUUCUGAAUUAGAUUUACUACUUACCGUUUGUGAUGAAGAAUUCAUAGUAUUUGUCUGAAUUGAAAUUUUACUACUUCAAAAAUGAACUAUUCUAUAAGACGGUAUGCAGCCAUUGCAACCUUAUGAUGGAAUCUCGAACUUUCCGUGGAAUAUCGCAAAUAUUGCAAAAAUCAUUUUAUUUGAUCCUGAGCGACGGUUUUCUAGCUUGGCGAUUGUAAUCAUCUACACCUAAUGUAUAACGAGAUUAGUACCAGAACUCUAUUGCAACAAAGAGUUCAAUCGGUUGAAAGUUAUGUUUUGAUAAAGACCGGGCGCACGCAGAAUCCAAAUAUACUAUCGAUGAUUCUAACGAUAACUGCAUAUUGAGCCGUUUUAACUCUAGAUGUUUAUAUGUUCUAGAUGUAUUUGAAGGUAUUCAUGUACCUGAUGUCUGUUUGCGUGCGUCUAGGUCUUCCGCUCUCGCCUUACGAUACAUUUUGCGGUUUGGUCUAGUUAUGGCUAGUGUUUCAUCUUGUAAUUGUAAAGUAUUUGUGGUGUGUGUCAAAUGUAGAUAAAAACAGAGACGUUAGAAGGCUAAGUCAUGUGCGUCAUCAUAAGAGAUAAAUACAUGUUUAAUGUUUCUAGAUGUCGUAAGAUUAGGAGAUCACUUGACCAAUACACCCCGAGUUUCUCAGUACAUCUCUUAAGUCAAACGAGAGACACGAACGGCAAUGUGUAUCGCGGGACGUAAGCCCAGUUCGGCCCCGCCGAAUUGUCCUGACCCCUACCUCUUAGAUUUAUAUUAUUAAAUAUAAUAAUAUCAGAAAGGAGCAUUUAAUAAAUACGUUAUACGGACUUCAUGUAGUGAUAUUAUUUUGUUACCAAGAACGUAGUUUUUAUUUGUUAAGGCUAUCCUGUUUUAUGAGUUUUCUUUGUAAAAAGCUUUUUUUUUUAAUUUUUCUGUGAUAUUUGACUUCGCAGAUAGCGUGUUGUUUCCGAGUGUAUCUAAUAAGUAGGGAACCCAUAUAACGCGUCGAAUUGCGAAUGUAAUUUACGAAUUACGAAGGAUUGCAAAGUACACUUACACUAGUAAGAAGAUUUGUAUCACUGACUAUUUCAGUGACUACGUCGAGUUGGCGCGUUACGUGUGUCCGUGCUGUAUCCGUGUUUGUUACCACGAUUGGUAAUUUUUGCUUUCGCAUGAUUAAGAAUCAUUAUUAAGUACAGCUACUUGUUCACGAGUAAAGUGUAGCCUAUGGGCAGUGAUUGUACUAUAAUAUAAAGUAACAUACAUACAUAAGCAAGCGAAAAUUACGACUCGUAAUGCGUUUCAUUUCAAAUAUAAUUAUAUACCAAAUCUAUUGCUGCGUUAUGCCAGGGUGAACGGAGCGUCACGAUUUGUUGGCUUUAAAAAAAAAUAGGUACACGGUUGAUCUCUUUAAUACUCGAACGACUAAGUUACAACUCGUCGAUCCGAAAAGUUGUGCAAACGAUAUUGUUUGAACAACUUUUCGGAUCGUCGUGUUAUGUGAAGUAAUUAAUGAUCUCUCACAGUAGAUCUAGCACAUGAUUGGCGCGACAGUAUCUCGCGGCAAGAUAGACUACCCGUCUUUUUGUUACUAUGUUAAUUAAAGAGGGACGGGUAAUGUAUUUCGCCGCGAAAUACUGUCACGCCAAUCUUGUGCUAGCCUGGCUGUACUAGCUAAAAACUAUUUGAUUUUAGUGCUUUUAAAUAAAACCCUUACUGACAACGUUGACGCAAAGAAAACAGCUUUCGACGUUUCGUACACAUGUCAGAAAUAACAUGUGUUAAAAAGGGACAGAUGUAAUGGAACGCGAUUACUUUGAUCCGCUAACGUCGCUCCCUUCACUCUCGUAGUCUCGCACUUUAUUCGAUGCAGGAGCGUUUUCAAACUAGAAACUUACAUCUAACACAAUAUUCGCAACUACUACAAAGUGGACAUUGCAUUUUCAUAUAAAAUGAGUCUUACAUGCGUUCGUGUAAUAAUUAACAACGUCACAACAAAUAUUUGCUUUGGUGACAGCCCAUAGUGUCAGUAGAGUAACUAACAUGUUUAGUGUAUUAUACAGUUGAGAUGAAUGGCUUAAGGGUAAUGAGAAAAUAUAUAAAUAUUGAUCUCAAAGGCAGAUACAUAAAAACUAAAUUUAAGAGAAGUUUCACCUUCUCACUUCUUCCCUACACUCUUUUAUUUAUCUUGCUCCUUAUAUAUGUGUGCUUCAAAUUUGAAAUUCUUCUUAUAUUUUAAUUCCGAUGACAAUUCAAUAAUACGCUUCCUUGGAGCUGAUCUGCGGAUGCAGUCAAAAGAACUUGUUGAAGGCAAAAUACAGACAUAGAGUUUAGGCUAGUAAGAAAGGUAUUGAUGUGUAUUUGAUAGACAUGUAAAGGAGAGGAAAGUAGUCAGCAAUUAAAGGGUAUUUCAAAGUAUAUGACACCAACUUGUUUAUAAAAUAAUAUUCUCUUUACUAGAAUAUUUGACAUUAAAUUGGUUUUUAGUUGCAUAGUCAAUGGACUGAGGCCAUUUGUUUAUUGUAUAAAAACGUCGACGUAAUCGUAGGGAAAUCAUAGCAUCGAAGCUAGAGGUGUAAAGAAAGCAAAUGAGGUGAUUUCGGAGGCGUAGACAGAAAUUUUCACGAAAUACUUACUAUCAAUGGCGUAACUGGCAACAUCAGUGAAUCGUUUCAACAAAUCCAGUAAAAAAGAUAAUAUAUACGACCAAGUCGUAGACAUUCGGUCACGUAUGUAGCUUAGGCGAGAUAUGAUAUUGAUGGUGAUUGCAGAUACAUUGGGUAUUUGUGAGCAGGGGGUAUGGAAGAGAAAUGAUGAUAGUUCAACUUGUUUUUAUAAUGUACAGUGCGAUAUGAAGGAGUAGAAAUUAAAUAAAAUGCUACUAAAUAAUUUCCAUAUAAAAUAAUUGCCGUGUUUAAGCAUAUUAUGUGAAAAAUGUGACAGUUACCAAGAAAGUGGCGCUCUCAUAUAAGUUCAACUAUUUUAUGUCGCAUGUACACUCGUACAUAUCUAAAUUGAUAAAAAUAUUAGGUAUUAAACCUUUUCUUACCCCCGAAAUUGGUCACCAUUUUACUUUGUCUUCCAAUUGUAAUUAUUAAAAACCUUUUUUAUAUAUUUUUUUAUAUGGAAUGAAUUGGGUAAAGCGGGGAAGCCGCCUAAUCCGUAUUAUCGACGUGAUGCUAUUGCUUUCGAAGCAAAUAUUGACAGUAGUGUCUCAAUGUAAUGAAUAUUUUAUUUUUAUUUUAGUUCGAGAUUUUUAAAAGGAACAAUUUUGUAUCGAGGAUCGUGUGGAGGAAUAGAGUGCUAUUAGGUUUAACGGAGGAUCGGGACAGAUUGAUUAAGUAGAUUAUUUUAUCUCAAUGAAUUGUGUAGAGAACAGUUGUAGAUGAUAAAUUUCCGUGUUGGUAUGCAAAAUCAAAAGCAUGGAAAUAAUCGUAUAUGAUUUAUAAUUGUUACAUAUUUGCCGUGACUUAUUUAUCAAAAGCGUUUUUUAAUUAAAAAGACAUCAAGAUCGCUUACCUUUUUUCUAAUGCUAAAAAAACGAAACUAUUGUUCCAAUGAUGAGGUAGUUUUAAGCACUGGGAUUCGCCUAAAGCUUUUUUCUAACUUGCCGUCAUGCGAUGACAAGGCAAUAUAGGAUGCAUAAGUGUAAACAUAACACAUAUACAUCGCUCGCAUAAAUAGUAUCGCGCUUUAUAAAUACUUUUGGUAUAUUGUUGUCAUCAAUCGACACGAAAACGUGAUAAUUUGUGAAACACGCUCCUGCUCGAGUUCGGUGCAUUUUAAAUUGUUGAAAUGACAAAUUGUCCUCGUAAGCUUCUAUCAGUUAUGUUCAGUCUAUAUUCUAUCAUACUGCGUGUAAACAACGCCAAUGUUAAAAGUUUAAGUUUUGAAAAAAUACAGUAUACUCGUUCGUUUCUGGCAAUAUUUUUACUUUAAAGUAUUACAGCAAGUAAUCGGUUCUUAUAAAAGGAAAAAAGAACUCGUACACUCAUUUUUAAGACGUUUCUAAAAGGAUAGACACAAGCUUUUAACAUUACGGUUUACAUGUUUUAUAGUCUAUAAAGAUUUAUUUUGUAAUUUAGGACCCAGUUAGAGUAAGCUGAGGUGAGAGAUCAAAAUAAUUUAGCAAAGCACGUAUUUUAAUACUUAUUCCAAAUAAUAAUCUUAUAAAACAUUUGGAAUACGUAUUCGGCCGCGUAGGCAUCUGCCGUACCGUGUACUUUUGGAAUUGGUUUUGUUACGCCGGAUGCUCAUAUUAUAUCCGAUUAGAACUUACUUAAUUAAUACUUACAAAAGUAAGUAAAAGUGACAGAUACUUACAAACAUGAUGUGGUACGGUAUGGUAGAUGAACGCGGCCUUAGAGGCAGCCCUCUUUAUACGAUCUAUUAUACCUACGCGUAAGAUUUUGUAAGCACGUAGAUUUCGUACAUAAUGCAUAACUUGUACAUUUUGUAGACAUUGAGAUAAUUUAUUUUGUUGAUUUAUUUUUUUAUUGAUGCCGUUGUGGCGGAUAUACUUUAACUCGAAACGAAGCGGCCUGUUGUACAAGUAUAAAAAUGAGUUAAAGUAACAAAACAAACUUAAGAAAAACACGUGAAUGUGUUCCUCCGCGGGCGCCAUAAAAUAUUGCAUUCUGUUCCACUGGUGGGAGUUGCGUGUGCAUUGUUUUUCCAACACUACGUUAUUUUUCUUAAGUUUUUGUUUUAUUUUGUUACUUGAAAAUUGGAAGGCUUUUUCAUAUGCGUUUCCAGUUCUAAGUUAAAGAUUAAUUAAAUUAACGAUUACGCUGAAAUAAUUUAUUUUUGCAUUUGCUAAGAGUUUUAAGAAACAUUUGACUGUUGGCCACCAUAACACAAAUAAACAGUUAUUCUUAAUUUACACUUUACUUUUAUUCAUUUUAUCAUUAUUCUCGAAACGCGUAUGAACUUGCUCCGAUUAAUCGUAUUUUGGAACAGAAAGGAGAAAAGUGAUUUGUUUUAAAGUUCACUUCUGUAUAAAUAGUUGAUAAUUUGAGAUUUUGUUUUAGUUUUUAGAUAUGCUUAAGGAAUCGUGUAUAUUUCGAUUAAGCGUAGUGGAAAGAAAAUGACGUAAAUAUGUUA